GUGUUCUUGCUGAGAUGAAGACCUGGGCAUCCUUCAUGUCGAAGACACAUACACCUGUCGAGUUGAAAAACAUUGAUUCUUUAUCAAGAAAUGCCUCUACUAUUCAAUCGAGAAGUUGUUCAAAUGAGCUUGAAGUUGGUACGAAGAAUGCAAAUUGUGACAUGAAAUUAGAAAGAAGUGGAGAUGACAAUUCCGACGAUGUUUCGGAAUCCGACAAGAUUUAUAUGGCAUGCAUCAUGCAAGGCCGAAGAGUUGGUGUUGCCUACUUCAAUACAAGUAGUAGCGAAAUGUUCGUCAUGGAUGUUUGCGAAGAAGAUUGGGAGCUUCCUACAAUCCAGCUAGUCAAGUACCAAAUUCAGCCAACGGUAAUUUUUACUAGCACGAAAAUGGAUGACCAAUUCGUAAAAUGUCUCCAGGAAAAAUUUCAUGAUGACAUUGAAGCCCCACAAGUCAAACUUGUCAAAAGCUCGAUGUUCAGUUAUCAUCAAGCUAAACACAGACUGGAGUAUCUCCAAGUAAGAGGCGUACGGAGCGACUUAAAUCAGAAAGAAAGAGUACAUGUUUUGAACUCGAUGAUAAACUUUGGAAGUGAAAUGCAAGUCCGAGCUUCUGGAGGCUUACUUGCGAUACUACAACAAGAAAUGCUUGAUAAUCACGGUGCAAUCGACGGUGAAUAUACACAGAUAAAAAGCAUAUUGGAGCUUUCUCUAAAGGGAUUUCUGCACGUGGAUGCAAUCACACAUGAUGCUCUACAAAUAUUUCAGAUAGAUAAGCAUGCCAGUUUAAUGGGUAUCGGAAAAACCAAGGAAGGGUUUUCGGUCUUCGGUAUGUUGAAUAAGUGCGUAACCGUUAUGGGCAGGCGGCUUCUAAGGCUUUGGUUUCUCAGACCUAUUCUUGAUAUGAAUGUCAUUAACGAUCGUCUUGAUACUAUACAAAUCUUAAAAGCAGCUACAGAUAUGACUGAGGCAUUACAAGAUUCAUUACGACAUGUAAAAGAUAUUCCUCGGCUGAUCAAGAAAAUAUUUUCUUCUAACUCGCUUCAAACAACAAGUGGGUGGUAUGCUCUUGUAGAGAGUGUAGGUGCACUAUGGCAAAUCAGGGGGAUAUUUGAAGUUGAAACUUCACAGCGGCAUGACCAUCAAAUAGAAUUCACGCAACUUCACAUAGUUGGAAAGGUGUUUUCAGCGAUUGGUGAUGACCUGGCCCAUGUGGGCCAUCUUAUUACUGGAGUUCUAGAUUUUGAUCAAUCUUGUGGUGAGAACCUUGAAACUAUUGUCGCCUAUGGUUUAUGUGAGGAGCUUGACAAGCUCAAGACACUUUAUAAAGGUUUACCAGAUUUCCUCAACAAGGUUACCGAUCUAGAGAUGAAAAAUAUAUCCGAAGACAUAAGCGAAUAUCAAGUGUCUACCGUUUACGUUCCUCAAGUAGGGUAUUUCUUGCGCUUAAUGGGGAACCUAGAAGAAAGUGUGGCAGAGCGCUUUCCUUAUCUUGAACUUGCAUUUGUAGCAGAGACAGCGGAAGGGAAGGAAUGUUUUUAUCGAACACAUAGAACUUUGGAACUUGACAAGGUUCUUGGCGAUCUAUAUCACAAGAUCUUAGAUAUGGAAAGGGCCAUUCUGAGAAACCUGGCAGCAAACAUUGAAGAAUAUACUCAAACACUGGAAAGUGCCGCCAAAGUUGCAGCUGAGAUUGAUUGUGUUACUGCCUUGGCCAUUGCUGCUCGAGAUUAUGGAUACGUAAGACCCGACCUAAGAGAAGACGAUGUUCUAAUCAUCGAAAACGGAAGGCAUGUUCUACAAGAAAUGACUGCGAACAGAUAUGUUCCAAAUGAUACACACAUAACUAAGGAAGGCCGAAUCAACAUCGUGACCGGACCAAAUUAUUCUGGAAAAAGUAUAUACGCGAAACAGGUGGCGUUGAUCACAUUCCUUGCUCACAUUGGGAGCUUUGUGCCGGCUGAUAAAGCCAUUAUAGGCAUUCAAGACAGGAUCUUUACAAGAGUUGCGAGUAAAGAAACUGUGGGAAUCUCUCAAUCUUCCUUUAUGAUAGAUUUAAACCAAAUUUCAGUUAUGCUCAGACACUCUACUUCCAGAUCUUUAUGUCUCAUUGAUGAGUUCGGAAAGGGUACAUUGACUUCAGAUGGUAUAGGACUUUUGUGCGCUACUCUACUCGAAUUUGCAUCACGGAAAUCUCCUCCAAAGGUUCUUGCAUGCACUCACUUCAGUGAAAUCUUUGACGAGAACAAUUUACCAAAGUCACCGCAAAUUAUUUUCUACACCAUGAGUGUUUUGGAUUCAAGCAACAAUCAUGAAGACCGCAAAUUUGAAGAUAUUGUCUUUUUAUACAGGUUGGUUCCUGGAUACAAAGUGCCAAGUUACGGAAUUCACUGUGCACAGCUGGCUGGAGUUUCUGAGGAGAUACUUAACCGUUCUAGAUAUGUUCAAAAACUCCUGCUGUCUGGCAAACCAAUAGAUCGUCUCAACGCUCCUGGAGUUGUUUCUAGAGAUCGAGAAUACAGGGAUCUUGCUGAAAGCCUUCUGGCUUUGGAUUGCAAGACCGGAAAUGUUACAGCUUUCAAAGAAGAUAUCCUGGAACGCAGAAUUGGAGGUAGCUGACUCACGCACCUGACCAAAUGGACGAGAAUAAUUCAAGACAAGCUCUGUAGCCCAGGGCAACAGACACGGUCAGAGAGGGGAUGCUUUCCAAUUUUUUGACCACUUAAUUUAGUACAUUCUGCUCCUCGGCAAGCCCGAUUCAUUAUCCAAAGUAAAGUCUAUUCUUAGCGUCUUGAGUGCACUUGAUGUAAAUCCUAAGCAUCAAGAAGAACCAAACAUUCCGAUCGGACCAAGAAUUUAUUCUCCUCGGCAUUUUUUCUUAGUU